AUGACGCCAGGCCCGUGCGCCGCUGGGGUGGGCAGCGUGGCCACUCCGGCACGCGCGGGCGCCACGCCGCCGGACGCCACGCCGCCAGAUGCCGCACACGGCGCCACGCCGCCUGGGCCCGCGCGGGAAGAGCGGUUGCCAGACCAGAUGCUGCGCAUCUCAGCCGGCAAGGCCGCGGCGGCGGCAGGCAUCCACCCCUACAGCGACUUGGGCGAGAUGUUCCUGGAGCUGGUCUACCAGGACCUGCAGGAGCAGCUGCUGGCGGAAGCGGCGCUCGCAGGCGUGGAGGUCGUGACCCCCACGGACCAGCGCGAGCAGCUCAUGGAGAAGAGCGGGGAGAGGAAGGCCUUGGAGGAGGCACUGCAGCAGGCACUCAAGGCGGCCGGCAUCGAGGAGGCGAAGGAGGCGCAGCAGGCGUUCUCGCGCAUAGCCGCCCGCGCGGCGGGCGCUGGCCGAUUGACCACCGAGGAGGCCGCGGAGCUCCAGGAGCUGCUCGGCAAGGAGGUCAGCUUGAACUUCGGCGCCCUCCACGAGGACGCGGCCAUCGAAGUCUACGCGGAGCGCAUCGGGCGCCCGGUCUACGGGCAGCAGAGGCGCGUGAACGUGGCCAUGCCGCUCAGCGGGCCGGCGGAGGCCCUGGCGCACGCGUUCCCCGGGACGCCCUGCGGGGCGCCCCGGCGGGAGGCGCCCCGCGCGGAGCCGGCAGGGGGCAGCGCGGCGCCUGCCGAGGAGGCCCUGUUCCGCCUCACAGGCUUCGUGGACGGCAUGGCGGACGUGCCCCGGCUGCGGGAGCCCGGCGCCGACCGCUGCCUGGGGCCGGAGGGUCGCGGGCAGCGCGCGGGCCCCGCGGAGGCCCUCGCGGCCCUCGCGGACGAGCCGUUGAUCGUGGAGGUGAAGCACCGGAUGGGGAGCAUCAAGGACCCGCCCGAGACCUACGACCGCGUGCAGCUCUGCUCCUACUGCCGCGCCCUGGGGUGCACCCGGGGCGACUUGGUGCAGUGCAUCCGGGAGGGCGGAAGGCCCAGGCUGCACGUCACGCGCUUCGACUUCUCCCCCGGCAGUCACGACGGCGAUGGCUGGGACAGGCACGUGCUCCCCGGCCUCUACGCGACCGCGCGGGCCGUGUACGCGGCCCGGCGGGACCUCGGCGCCCGGCUCCGUUUGCUGGCCGCCGAGACGCCGGAGAGCAGGGCCGCCAUCGUCGAGGAGUUCUGCCCGCACCUGGCGCGCUGA